UUUUUUUGCAUCCAAGGUUUGUUUGUAUGGAUUUUUGGAGGCAUUGCUGAGCAUUCAGAAAUGGAGAUGGAUGUGAUAGAGAAGGAUGCUUACAUGAUAUUUGGUCUAUUGUGGAUUUUGUUUGGUGUCCUCAUAUUUUGCUGCUUUACAUUGUUAUUCCAUCACUGUGUCCCUGCUUCAGCCAACCACACAACAAGACAAGCAUGGAAGUGGAAGAACAUUGCCACAUCUUGCACUCAUGCCCUUAUCACUGGCCUGGGAGCUUUCCUUGUCAUGUACCUGAAGCCUGAGAUUGCAGAGGACCUCAUUUCCACCUACUCCACCCCUGCUCAUGCCUUGGUUGCUAUUUCCGUUGGUUACUUCAUUGUGGAUUCAGUGGACAUGUAUGUCAACAACAAGGGUAGGGCAUCUUAUGAGCUUCUUGUCCACCAUGUGUUUGUCAUCUUGUGUUUUGGCCUCACUGUUGUUGUGGGUUACUAUCUGGGCUAUGCAAUAGUUGCCCUCAUCUGUGAGGUCAAUAGCUUCUUUCUCCACAUUCGGCAACUCAUGCUCAUCCAGGGUGUCCCCAAAGAGACCUCUUGCUAUCGACUCAACAGUCUCAUCAACAUUGGUUCGUUUCCAUUGGUCAUGUGACAUUCUCUGCCCUUCAAUAUUAUCUUCCAUGAUCAUGAAACCUGCCAACAGGACAUAUCUUGUCAAAGUAAAAAUGAAAUGCCCCACAGUUAUUGAAAGCAGGU